GGAACCAUCAGCUAAGCUUCCAUGAUCCCCCCUCCUCCUCCUCCUCCUAUAAAACCCCAUCGCAUCCCUUCCCUUCUCCCAUCACCAAACAACCCAUCAAGCUCGAGCUCGCUAAUCAAGCUAAGCUCAUCACUCUCCUCAGUGUCCUCACUCACUAGACCAAGUAGCCAUCUCACGUACAGCUAGCAGCAAACUGAUAGUCUGUAAUCCAUAUUUAUCCACUAGAUUAAUUAAUGGCGAUCAUGAACGCCGCCACCCAGCUCGUGCUCGUCGUCGUCUUCCUCCUCGCGCCCAGCACCACCAUGGCCUCCCACCACGGGAGCCAUGGUGGCAGCCACACCACCAAGCACUCGCCACCACCACGACCAUCCCCAAUCUCGCCAGCUCCGCCAUCAGUGCUCCCAAUCCCAAUCAUGGCGCCGCCAUCCGCGGCGGCAGCUCUAGUCCGGGCGACCUGCAACUCGACGACGUACCCUUCCCUCUGCGUGUCCGCCCUGGCCGCCGACCCCAGCAGCGCCACCGCCGACCUCCGGGGCCUCUCCGCCAUCGCCGUCGCCGCCGCCGCAUCCAACGCCUCCGCCUCCGCCGCCGCGCUCGGGGUCGGCGCCAACGACACCACGGGAACCGCGCAGGGCGGCGCCGCCGGGGGAGAUGCCCAGGCGGCGGCCAUGGUGAUGCGGACGUGCGCGGGCAAGUACGGCGAGGCGAGGGACGCGCUGGCGGCGGCGAGGGGGUCCAUCGAGGAGCGGGACUAUGACUACGCCGCCGUGCACGUCAGCGCCGCCGCCGAGUACCCCAGGGUCUGCCGGGCGCUCUUCUUCCGGGCGCAGCGGCGGCAGUCGUCGUCGUCUUCUCCGGCGCCGGCGCCGGUGGCGACGUUCCCGGCGGAGCUGGCGACCAGGGAGGCGGCGCUCGGGCAGCUCUGCUCCGUCGCGCUCGAUAUCAUCGCCCUCCUCAACACCACCAACUGAAUUACUGCACCAGAGCUCUCUGCUUCUCACGUCUUGAAGACGUAUUCAGGGAACCUACCGAAAUACGUAUUCGAUCAUGUAUACACGUAUCUACAGAUGUACGUAACUAGUGUAGCGCACGUGUAAUGACACGUGCUACGUCGUUUACUACAGCUGUCUAAUUAAAUCCAGUGUAACUUUUUUUUCUUUUCUUUGUGAAACAAAUCCAGUGUAACUUAGUAUAAAUACUGCUAGUAAUAUUCAAGAUGAUAUUUGUUGAA